UCACUGCCCUGAUACAUGUAGGAAUCAUUGCUGGCGACUCUCAGCAAGUCAGUGGUAGGCUUGUUUUCUGCUCUGCCUCAACAGCAAGGCUGCAGUCUGACUGUGGAGCAGAAGACUCCUCAAGCAGUCACCACCAGGUUGCUGAAUGGUGCCAUUGAUUUCAACUUUAUUAUUGGCUGGGUUAUGGCUUAUCUGCAAAACAUGGGGAUUCUGGUGUAAGAAAUACAGAGUAUGUUUUGAUGAAACAGUCAUGGAUGGAGAUAAAUCAUAUACAGAGACUUUACAGCAGGAUGAAGCAUCUGGCCCAUCAGUACAAGGAGAUCAUUCCAAUAUACAAAUAAAUCAGGCACCGAAUGCCGGGCCGGCUUUACCGCCUGCUGUUUCAUCUCCUUCUGCAAAACCAGAACAGAAACAGUUGAAAUUUGGCCCCUCGAAAGGAAGUGUUUCUGUACCAAGGAACCCAAACGUGAAGAAGCCACCUCUCUCAAGGUUUAUCCUGGGUUCUUCUGAGGACAACUCCUCCGAUGAUGAGUGUGCGGUUGGUUCUUUUAAGAGCCCAAGAAAAAGCAGUCUCACCAGUAGUGGAUCACAGACUCCAUCCCUAUCAUCACUACCGGAGAUGGGGCCAUUGACCACUACAAUAAGAUCCAGCAUGUCUGGAUUACACCUUGUGAAGAAAGGCAGAGAGCACAAGAAACUUGAUCUCCAUCGAGACUUCACUGUGGCUUCCCCAGCUGAAUUUGUGACACGGUUUGGGGGUAACCGCAUUAUUGACAAGGUCCUAAUAGCCAAUAAUGGCAUUGCUGCUGUCAAAUGUAUGCGUUCUAUUCGGCGAUGGUCUUAUGAAAUGUUCCGCAAUGAGAGAGCAAUACGCUUUGUGGUUAUGGUUACCCCUGAAGAUCUUAAAGCAAAUGCAGAAUACAUCAAGAUGGCAGAUCACUAUGUUCCAGUCCCUGGAGGAUCCAAUAAUAACAACUAUGCCAAUGUUGAGCUAAUUGUUGACAUUGCCAAAAGAAUUCCAGUUCAGGCUGUGUGGGCUGGAUGGGGUCAUGCCUCAGAAAAUCCCAAGCUUCCAGAACUUCUGCAGAAGCAGAACAUUGCGUUCAUGGGACCCCCUAGUCAAGCAAUGUGGGCACUAGGAGAUAAAGUGGCUUCAACAAUUGUUGCUCAGACUGUAGGAAUCCCCACGAUGUCUUGGAGUGGAGAUGGUCUUACAAUAGAAUAUGACUUGGCAGACAAGGAGCAUCCAAGCAUUAUUGGCGUCCCUCCUGAAGUGUAUGAACGAGGUUGUGUGAAAGAUGUGGAUGAAGGUUUAGAGUCUGCAGAAAGAAUUGGUUACCCAGUUAUGAUAAAGGCAUCUGAGGGUGGUGGAGGCAAAGGCAUCAGAAUGGCAGAGCGAGCAGAAGAUUUUCCCAAUCUUUUUAGACAGGUUCAAACAGAGGUCCCUGGAUCCCCCAUCUUUGUGAUGAAGUUAGCUCAGCAUGCCAGACACUUAGAAGUCCAAAUAUUGGCAGAUCAGUUUGGAAAUGCUGUUUCUCUCUUUGGCCGUGACUGCUCCAUACAGCGUCGGCACCAAAAAAUCAUUGAAGAAGCGCCAGCCACUGUUGCUGCUCCAUCUGUUUUUGAAUAUAUGGAACAGUGUGCGGUUCGCCUGGCGAAGAUGGUCGGCUAUGUUAGUGCAGGUACUGUGGAAUAUCUUUACAGUGAAGACGGAAGCUUCCACUUUCUGGAACUGAACCCUAGACUGCAGGUGGAACAUCCCUGCACUGAAAUGAUUUGUGAUGUCAACCUUCCAGCUGCCCAGUUGCAGAUUUCCAUGGGAGUCCCCUUGUACAGGAUAAAAGACAUAAGAGUGCUGUAUGGAGAGUCUCCAUGGGGAGAUUUCCCUAUAUGUUUUGAGAACCCCACCAAUGCACCAAAUCCAAGAGGUCAUGUCAUUGCUGCCAGAAUAACCAGUGAGAACCCUGAUGAGGGUUUCAAGCCCAGUUCUGGGACAGUUCAGGAACUUAACUUUCGGAGUAGCAAAAAUGUGUGGGGAUACUUCAGUGUGGCAGCUGCUGGUGGACUACAUGAAUUUGCUGAUUCUCAGUUUGGCCAUUGCUUCUCCUGGGGAGAAAACCGUGAAGAGGCUAUCUCGAACAUGGUUGUGGCUCUCAAAGAGCUGUCUAUACGAGGAGACUUCAGGACAACCGUAGAAUACCUCAUCAAGUUACUGGAGACCGAGAGCUUCCAAAAUAAUGAAAUUGACACUGGGUGGCUGGAUCACCUGAUUGCAGAAAAAGUCAGGGCUGAGAAACCAGAUGUGAUGCUAGGAGUGGUCUGUGGUGCUCUCAAUGUUGCAGAUGCCUUGUUUCAAACCUGUAUGAAUGAGUUCCUUCACUCAUUAGAAAGAGGUCAAGUACUUCCUGCAGCCACACUACUUAACACUGUGGAUGUGGAGCUUAUCUCCGAGGGUGUAAAAUAUACUCUAAAGAUUGCCCGACAGUCUCUCACUACCUACGUGAUCAUCAUGAAUAACUCUCACAUAGAAAUAGAUGUUCAUCGUCUAAGUGAUGGUGGUUUGCUGCUGUCUUAUGAUGGUAAUAGCUACACAACCUAUAUGAAGGAAGAGGUAGAUCGCUACCGUGUCACAAUUGGUAACAAGACCUGUGUUUUUGAAAAGGAAAACGACCCCACUGUACUGAGAUCACCCUCUACUGGCAAACUGCUACAAUAUACAGCAGAGGAUGGUUCGCAUGUUAAUGCAGGAGAUUGUUUUGCAGAGAUAGAGGUAAUGAAGAUGGUCAUGACUUUAGUAGUAAAGGAAUCUGGUCACAUUCACUAUGUGAAGCGUCCCGGAGCUGUUCUAGAAUCUGGUUGUGUUUUGGCCCGAAUUGAUUUGGAUGACCCAUCAAAAGUCGUUCAAGCAGAACUGUAUACUGGGACCCUCCCACCUCAGCAGACUCUGACCAUCAUUGGAGAGAAGCUUCACCAGGUGUUCCACAGUGUGCUUGAUAAUCUGAUCAAUGUGAUGAAUGGAUACUGUUUGCCAGAGCAAUACUUCACUACCAAAGUAAAGGAAUGGGUGUACAAGCUGAUGAAAACGCUGCGGGAUCCUUCUCUUCCUCUUCUAGAGCUGCAAGAGAUUAUGACCAGUGUAUCCACUAGGAUUCCACCCACUGUAGAAAAGGCUAUACGCAAAGUCAUGGCUCAGUAUGCCAGCAAUAUCACGUCAGUCUUGUGCCAGUUCCCUAGCCAACAGAUUGCCAAUAUCCUGGAUAGCUAUGCAGCCACUCUGCAGAGAAAAGCAGACAGAGAGGUGUUCUUUAUGAACACUCAAAGUAUUGUGCAGCUUGUGCAAAGGUACCGAAGUGGAAUCCGUGGUUAUAUGAAGUCUGUGGUGCUUGAUUUACUAAGAAGAUACUUACAAGUUGAAACACAAUUCCAACAUGCCCAUUAUGACAAAUGUGUAAUACACCUGCGGGAACAAUACAAACCAGAUAUGACUCCUGUGUUAGAAUGCAUCUUCUCACAUGCUCAGGUGGCCAAGAAGAAUAUCCUUGUUACCAUGCUAAUUGAUCAGCUUUGUGGUCGAGAUCCGACACUAACAGAUGAACUAAUGACUAUUCUUAAUGAACUGACUCAGCUGAGUAAGACUGAGCACUCAAAGGUUGCGCUGAGGGCCCGGCAGGUUCUGAUUGCCUCUCACCUCCCCUCCUAUGAACUGAGACACAAUCAAGUGGAAUCAAUUUUCCUUUCUGCCAUAGACAUGUAUGGACAUCAGUUCUGCCCAGAAAAUCUGAAGAAACUGAUUCUGUCAGAGACCUCAAUCUUUGAUGUACUGCCAAAUUUUUUCUACCAUGUUAACCAGGUGGUUUGCAUGGCUGCAUUGGAGGUGUAUGUGAGGAGGGGCUAUAUUGCCUAUGAAUUAAACAGCUUGCAACACCAUCAACUCCUGGAUGGUACAUGUGUGGUGGAAUUUCAGUUUAUGCUGCCAUCUUCUCAUCCAAACAGAGAGAUCAGCCCAACACUGAGCAGGAUGUCUCUGCCGAUCAAUGCCACACACCUAGAGUUGAACCGUCAAAGUAGUGAGCUUUUUAUGGACAAUGGUUUCUCUCCUUUGUGCCAGAGGAUGGGAGUCAUGCUGGCUUUUGACAAGUUUGAAGAUUUCACAAGGAAUUUCGAUGAGGUAAUUUCCUGCUUUGCAGACCCUCCUCCCUUGUUCACUGAAGCCCGAUCCACUUUUUAUGAUGAAGAAGACAACAAGAGCAUCCGUGAAGAACCUAUCCACAUUCUAAAUGUGGCCAUAAGGUCUGCAGAUCAAAUGGAGGACGAGGAGUUGGUGACAAUGUUUAGAACUUUCUCCCAGUCAAAGAAAAACAUCUUGGUGGACUAUGGUCUUCGGAGAAUUACCUUCUUAAUAGCCCAGCAGAGAGAGUUUCCUAAAUUCUUCACGUUUAGAGCACGAGAUGAGUUUGCUGAGGAUCGAAUUUACAGACAUUUAGAGCCUGCUCUGGCCUUCCAGCUGGAAUUGAAUAGAAUGAGGAACUUUGACCUGACUGCGGUCCCUUGUGCCAACCAUAAAAUGCACCUCUAUCUUGGAGCAGCUAAAGUAGCAGCGGGUAUAGAGGUUACUGAUUACAGAUUCUUCGUCCGUGCCAUUAUUCGUCAUUCUGACCUUGUUACAAAGGAAGCUUCUUUUGAGUACUUACAAAAUGAAGGCGAGCGUCUGCUGCUUGAGGCUAUGGAUGAACUAGAAGUUGCUUUCAAUAAUACCAGUGUCCGCACUGACUGCAAUCAUAUCUUCCUGAACUUUGUUCCCACUGUCAUCAUGGACCCUUCAAAGAUUGAGGAGUCCGUUCGCUCCAUGGUUAUGAGAUAUGGAAGUCGUUUGUGGAAGCUACGAGUUCUUCAAGCUGAAGUGAAGAUCAACAUCAGGUUAUCCCCUACAGGCAAAGCCAUCCCUAUCCGUCUCUUUCUUACCAAUGAGUCUGGCUACUAUUUGGAUAUGAGCCUUUAUAAAGAGGUGACAGAGCCCAGCACUGGACAGAUCAUGUUUAAUUCAUAUGGUGAUAAGCAUGGACUUAUGCAUGGAAUGCUGAUCAAUACUCCCUAUGUAACCAAGGACCUGUUACAAUCUAAGAGAUUCCAAGCACAGUCACUAGGGACCACAUAUGUCUAUGAUUUCCCUGAGAUGUUCAGACAGGCUUUGUUUAAACUGUGGGGACCAGGUGAACCUCAUUCCUCAGAUGUUCUCACCUAUACAGAGUUGGUUCUUGACAGCCAGGAUCAGUUGGUUCAGCUGAACAGAUUACCAGGUGGAAAUGAGGUUGGAAUGGUCGCUUUCAGGAUGAAGCUGAAGACUCCUGAAUAUCCAAAAGGUCGUGAUAUUAUUGUAAUCCUCAAUGAUAUCACUUACAAAAUUGGUUCCUUCGGCCCACAGGAAGAUAUGCUCUUUCUGCGAGCUUCAGAGCUUGCUAGGAAGGAAGGGAUUCCUCGAAUUUAUAUUGCCGCUAACAGUGGUGCCCGGAUAGGAUUGGCAGAGGAACUCAGACACAUGUUUCACGUAGCUUGGAUUGAUCCAUCUGACCCUUACAAAGGCUUCAAGUAUUUGUAUUUGACGCCACAAGACUACACACGGAUUAGCUCUCUGAACUCUGUUCACUGCGAGCAUGUGGAAGAUGAAGGUGAAUCCAGGUAUGUGCUGACUGAUAUAAUUGGAAAAGAGGAAGGAAUUGGAGUAGAAAAUCUUAGAGGAUCAGGAACAAUUGCUGGAGAGUCAUCACUUGCAUAUGAUGAAAUUGUAACUAUCAGCAUGGUCACGUGUCGUGCAAUUGGGAUAGGAGCCUAUUUGGUAAGACUAGGUCAGCGUGUUAUUCAAGUAGAGAAUUCCCAUAUUAUUCUGACUGGUGCAGGUGCCCUGAACAAGGUUCUUGGGCGUGAAGUAUAUACCUCUAAUAACCAGCUGGGAGGAGUUCAGAUCAUGUGUAAUAAUGGAGUGUCUCACACUAUGGUCCCUGAUGAUUUUGAGGGAGUGUAUACAAUUCUUCAGUGGCUCUCCUAUAUGCCAAAGGACAAGCACAGUCCAGUCCCUGUCAUCUCGCCUUCUGAUCCAACUGACCGUGAUAUUGAGUUUAUUCCAACAAAGGCUCCCUAUGAUCCCCGCUGGAUGCUUGCUGGAAGACCUCAUCCCACUGUCAAAGGGACAUGGCAGAGGGGUUUCUUUGAUCAUGGAAGUUUCAUGGAGAUCAUGCAACGCUGGGCACAAACUGUAGUAGUGGGACGGGCAAGAUUAGGAGGAAUACCAUUGGGAGUUAUUGCUGUGGAGACCCGGAGCGUAGAGAUGGCGGUACCAGCUGAUCCAGCAAACCCUGAAUCUGAAGCUAAGAUAAUCCAACAGGCUGGACAGGUAUGGUUCCCAGAUUCAGCAUUUAAAACUGCACAAGCCAUAAAAGAUUUCAACCGUGAGGGGCUGCCUAUAAUCAUCUUUGCCAACUGGAGGGGAUUCUCUGGUGGUAUGAAAGAUAUGUACGAUCAGGUACUAAAAUUUGGAGCAUACAUUGUAGACAGCCUGAGAGAAUUUAAGCAGCCUGUCUUGGUAUACAUCCCACCCUAUGCUGAGCUAAGAGGAGGAUCAUGGGUUGUCAUUGAUCCUACAAUCAACCCUCUUUAUAUGGAGCUUUAUGCAGACAAGGAUAGCAGAGGUGGUGUCUUGGAAGCAGAAGGCACAGUGGAAAUCCGCUUCAGAAGGAAAGACCUUAUUAAGACCAUGAGAAGACUAGACCCAUUGUAUACCCAGAUUGUUGAACAGCUUGGUACUCCUGAGCUGUCAGAGUUGGAGCGUAAGAGUUUAGAAAAAAAGCUAAAGGCAAGAGAGGAACAGCUUCUUCCUAUUUACCACCAGAUUGCUGUGAAGUUUGCAGAUCUACAUGAUACCCCUGGGAGAAUGCAGGAGAAAGGCGUCAUUACAGAUAUACUGGUGUGGAAGGAGGCAAGGACGUUUAUGUAUUGGAGACUGCGACGCCUCCUUCUGGAGGAAGAGGUGAAAAGAGAGAUUCUUCACGCAAAUAGUGAGCUCAGUGACAUUCACAUCCAGUCCAUGCUUCGCCGAUGGUUUAUGGAGACAGAAGGAGCUGUCAAGGCAUACUUGUGGGACAAUAACCAAGUGGUGGUGGAGUGGCUAGAGAAACAUUUGCAAGAAGAAGAUGGUGCAAGAUCUGCUAUUCGGGAGAAUAUAAAAUACCUGAAGAGAGACUAUGCCCUGAAGCAUAUCAGAGGUCUGGUCCUAGCUAACCCGGAAAUAACAAUGGACUGCAUUGUGCAUAUGACCCAGCAGAUUACAGCAGCACAGCGAGCCCAGCUGACAAGACUUCUAUCAACUAUGGAAAACACAAAUGCCAGCUGACAUGAGGUCAUGGAGACACUGACUGAUACCAAAAAACAUUGCGAUUACCAUUAGAUAUGCCUUGCCGUCCAGAUUGAUCAUGAGAACUACUACCGAACUUUGCCAAUAGGUGCCUUUUAUGAAUGUACUUAAUAAGUACUCAGUAUUUCCUAAAGAGCAACAGUUACUGACACCAUGUGCUUUAUGCUAUACAAUGUGAUUCUUGUAACUGAUCUCAACGCUUUUUAAGCUCAUAGGUUUAUGUUCUGUUAUACACCUUUAGCACAAAGCAUGUAAGCUGAAGAAAAUUGUUCACAAAAAGCUGCUGUCUUUCACAAUGCACUUUGAUCAAGUAUUUGUCAUUUUAUAUCCCAAGAUCAUUCAUUAAAUCCAUGCUGUGUAGUAGUUGUAAAUUAAAAAUACAUUUGUAUACGCACAAUUGUAAUCAUGUCAGGUUUCUAUGUUAAUGUUGUUAUAUGAACCACAAGGAUAAAGAUCAAAGUAAAGGAGGAGAGAGAACUAACAGUAUCAAUAAUGUAGCUACAUAUAUUAACACUUGCAAUCUCAGGAAUAUGCUAUCACCUUGUACAAGUCUAGUAAAAGCCUCGUUCUCCAACAGGUGGCUAUACAGUGUGUUAGUGUAAAAUCGACUUGAAGACAUUUCUGGAAGAUUUUUUUAUGUAGUUGGAUCUAGAUUUGCUUCCUAGGCACUACCGUUUUCAGCAUGCAUGUAUUUUUUUUAACACAAGCUACUAAAGGAAUCAAUGUAUGUAUGUUUAACGCAAAGAUAUGUAAUUUGGACAUAUUUGAAAGGAGAAGUCUCAUGGUGAAAAACUUAUCCCAUAUCUGCAGGAUAGGGGAUAAGUUUUAGAUCAUGGGGGUCUGAUCAAUGGAGCCCCUGUGAACGGAGCCCAUCUCUCGCCAGGAGUGGCGCAUCACGACCCCCGCACAAAGUGGGGGCUACAAUGCUCCCUCCAUAUAGCUCUAUGUAAGAGCCGUUAUCUUCGGUUCUCCUAUAGAGCUAUAUGGAGAGGGGGUGUGGCACAGCGCUCUGGGGUAGAGCCAGGGCUCCUUACAGAAGAUUGUGGGGACCCCAGCAGUCAAACCCCCCACGAUCUAAAACCUAUUCCCUAUCCUGCGGAUAGUGGAUACGUUUUUCACCACGAGUCUUCUCCUUUUAAUUAAUAUUUUUUAGAUUGGUUUGUACUUGAAUUUUUGUAUGAAAUAUUAACAAUAUUAAGCCAGGUUUACACGGCCGUUGUCCCCGUCCCGAUUUUAAACCGUCACUGCCUCUUAAACGGACCAUACUACUAACAGAUGUAAACUGAUUCAUAGGGGUGCCAUUUAGUGGCAUCCUUUUGCAUCAGUUUUUCAUCCGUUAGAAAAGCUGCCUACAGACUCCUGCAGCUGGGACUACUACUACUCCCAUCAUGGAACGGACUCAUUUCCAUGAUGGGAGUAGUAGUUCCCCCGGCUGCGGGAGUCAGUGGCGGCCAUUCAUGGCUCCUGGUGGGGUAUUUGAAAAUGAAAGAAAAACACACUAUAUACAUCAAGGGGGGGUGGGGGGGGGGGGUUAAACAUGCCGCCCACUCCCCUGUUUAAUAACUUCUGAUCGCAUCAGGUCUCAGAAGUGAUCAAUCCCUCAGCCCCUGUACUACUACCCCUAACAUGGGACAGACUGUUCCAUGAUGGGGGUAGUAGUACAAGCACUAAUGUAGCCGCCCGCAGACUCCCGCAGCCGGGGAACUACUACUCCCAUCAUGGUAACAAGUCUGUUCCAUGAUGGGAGUAGUAGUAGUAGUCCCGCAGCACUGCGGGAGUCUUCUGCUUUCACCUUCUGAUCAUGCUCAGAAGUAAUAAUGGUUCAAAAACGGGUGCUAAUAGAUGACAUUAAAGGCUCAUCCGUUUUGCCAUAGACUUCAAUGUUAAAUUUAUAAUAUCUGUUUCUAUUCUGUUAUUUUUGACGGGGGAAAAAUACUGCAUGCAACGUCUUUCAAUAACGGUGCAAACAGCUUGCAAAGGACUGUAAAAAAAAUCCCAUUGGCAUCAAUGGGAUUAAUUUACAGCCGUUUGCAAAAGGCAAGAAUGGAUUUUACCGUAACGGGGACAGACGUUAAUGUGAACGAGCCCUUACCAACAUUUUACUAAUUCUUGACACCCUUUUAUUGUAGGGUAAUAUAAUAUAAUUUACUAGUCAUCUAUAUUUUAGUGUCAAACUUGAUUUCAGAGGGCAGCCAGGAGUAUGAUCCUUUUUUACUUGCUUAGCAGGCUUUCUCCCUUUGUGAAACUAAAGUAAAAAUUGCAUACAUUAGAUUAUUAAAUAAAAACAGUCUCAAAUAUCUCAGUAUCUUAUUUUUACACAUACUGGACCAAUUUUACUUUUUUAAAGACACCCUUAAUUUAACUAUAAUAUGUCAUGGUAGUUUACUGUUUGCAUGCUGCAAUCACUAUAGAUCAUGACAUAGAGAGUUAAACUACCAGGGUCAGGCUAAAGUUGAUGCUGGCAGUUGAAGGCAGGUGUCAGCUGUAAUAUUCAGCUGACACCCACCACAUAUAAAGCGGGCUUAGCUAGUGAGCGGGCUUAGCAAGCGCCAUAACACAGUGUGUCUGUGGUCAUUAAGAUUCCUGCCAACAAUUUCAUGCUGCUCAAACCACAGGCAACCUGAGACCUGAAACUCCCUCUGUACAGUGACCUAUAAUUCACGAUUUAACGGUUCAGAGGAAUCAGUUAUAGAGCUGGCCAGAAAUAGGGAGGUCCCCAGCGGCUUCUCCCCAUGCUGCAACCACUGAAUAACCGAUCUCUUCCUAUACCCAAAUAGGAAAAAACUGAUAAAAUAGGGCUGGCAGGGAGGUAGAGGCCAUGAGGUACCAGGCUGAUAACGCUGAGUCCCAUUGCAAGUAUUUGCCUUUGGAACUCUGUCAGGUCAUUUCACGCUCCUAAAACUAAUAAACAGAUUUUUUUUAAAUCUUCCUGU